CGACAGGACUGCUUGACUGCAGGUGGUAUCCUUAGGGCUCGGGGGAAAUAGAAGGACUGGCCGACAAUGCAACCUCUGGGGAGGGUCUGAAACGGCCAUUGUUUACAAUCCCCAACCCAUUGGAUGGGGAUUCUUCUUCAACUUUGUCUCGUCAGUCACUGUCUGCUCCUGAAGACUCCACGAAGCGCCGUGCAGUAUCUGAGCGCUUCCUUUCUUGUUUUCUCUAUCAUUCCACUCUUAUGUCUUAUUCUAAAGACCUCACCUGUUGAAAUGUUCCCUUUCCAGGCGGAGACCCAAAUAGCUCCAGAUUAGUUAGCGCCUGAGAUGCAUGAACCCAUCCAUGCAGGACAACCACGAGGCGCGAGCCAUACGCGCCCAAUCGAAAAUCGAGUCAAUCGUGAUGCACAACAGAUCUGAUGUUCAAAGGAUCAAAGCUACUGGCGAAC